UAAGCAAGGAAUGAAUUGCAAUGUUUCUUGUCCAUCCCAGCUACAGAAGAGAGCUGUUCGUUCUUCGGUGUGUCUUGGGCUUCGCAUCCCUAUCUCGAUCACCAGCACUUCUACAGCCAUCUUGCAUUCCUACUUUCAGACUGUGGCUUGUUUCCAUUCUUGGAUGUCCCGUUGUUUACAGCUCCCGUUCCAGUCGCUCCUUCAUUCCGCUCGAUAAUUGCCGUCAUUUCAACACGGCUUACGAGUCAUCCUUGAGCCGCCCCUGCAGCUCUCUCGCGCUGCCAUGAAUCAACACAGCAGGUGCUAUUGUUAAUUUUCAACGGGAACAGCAGUGGCGUAGGACGUGGUCAACUUUUCCCUCCCUGCUAGCUGGCCGACCUCUGAACGCGAAUCUCCACCCUGCUUCAGAGCUUCAGAACACCAUGGAUCCCUCUUCUCCUACCGGCGACGAGUCGUCGGAAUAUCCCUCUCCCUACAACACCCAACAACCGGGUCCAUUCGACACUCCGAGACGGGACGACUCCUUCGGUGAAAGCUUCCAGUCCACAGCUACAGUGCGGAGAGUACCAGAAACCACCUACGGUACUAUGGCUAGCCCAACCCCAGGAAGCACUGCUCAGUUCGCUGAAGGAAGUGCCUCAGCUCAAGAUCGAUCCCAUUCAAGAGCUAGCCAAACUCUUAGCCGUUCACCCGUACUGGGCGCCCCCGACCGAGACCGCCCCCGCCAACGGAGGCCCGCAAUGCCGCGUCGGCCGUCAUCCACUGCUCAAGCGCGCCACCGGGGUGGGAUAUUCUCCGUUGACGAUGGGAUUAGCGAGGUAGAGGCCGAUGCAGCGGUGCGACAGCAGAGCUAUGGUUCCACCGUGCGCAGGCGCCUGCAUGCUCCUCCGUCACUGCCAAAGCUACACGCGACUCACGAGGACGACGGCGACGACGAGGACGCACAUGGUGACGAGCAUGCGCAGCUUCCGGAGGAAUCUCUACCAGAACCUGCGGUUAUGGACACAGAUGCCCAGGAGAGUGACGAAAGGGGUGGGCCCGCCGACGAAGACGACGACGACCUUAGCGAUGCUGAAAGCUUCACCCUGAAAGAUCGUCAACAGGCAAUCAACUUGACACAUCCCUUCGGCAUCAGAAUAUGGAAGCCAGCUCUGUACAAGAAAGACCGGUCGGUGCAGAAGAACGCCGAAGGCGACAUUCACUCCUCACCGGGCGGCCAUGUCAGCCGCUGGUUGCUAUUUAUCAACCUCAUCUGGACCCUGGCGUUUGGUUGGUGGAUGGCCCUGAUCGCUUUCGCGGGGGCCUUGCUUUGUUUUCUGUUUGCUGCCGCGCCGAGUGCCCGCCAGUAUGGGCGUGUUCUAUGGGGUCUGUCGGGCUACCUCUUCUACCCCUUUGGCAAGUUUGUCCGCCUAGAGCAGCAGGAGGCCUAUCUCGACGAGGACCAAGGAGAGGGCAGGAGCAUCAGCGAGUACGAGCAGUGGCAGAAUGGAGAUCUCGAAUACGGCCGACUCUUCUUCGGGCCGGAGCGCAGCCGGUCCAUCAUUGGCCGUUCGAGGAGGAGCAUCGACUCGGAACCCGACGAGACCCAGAGUCUUCUCGGCAGGCCCGGCCGUGGCGAAGAACCCUCGGAUCCCGACCUCCCCAGGUCGAAGCGCCGGCUGUUUGGUCGCGGGCAGUGGAAUGUCGGUCGGGUGAUAUUCUUCUGCUUCUUCUACACCCUCAUCACUCCCUCCCUGUUCAUCGUCUCGGGCAUCUGCUGGUUCCUGGUCUUCUGGAUCCCUAUGGGCAAAGUCACCAUGCUCCUGCUCGACCAUCUUCGGAGGCAUCCGCUGGCCCUGUCCUUUGAAUCGGACAUAGCCUACGCCCGGAUGCCGGCGACCCCCCAUUCUUCGAUCCUGGUUUGCACCUAUCGGGCCGCGGGCUUGAAGUACUGGAAGUACACCAUUGACGGAACCAAUAUCUUCCUGAUCAACUUGAUGGCGGUCGUCAUGUUUGUUGUCUUUGACUGGCUUGUCCUGGACGAGCUGCUGCAUAUUGAGCACUUUGUCACCUCCCCUGCCUUCUUGUUCGUGGCUGGUCUAUUCUCCAUCAUUCCCCUGGCCUACUUCAUCGGCCAGGCGGUUGCCUCGAUCUCGGCCCAGUCGUCGAUGGGCCUGGGUGCCGCGAUCAAUGCCUUCUUCUCCACCAUCGUCGAGGUCUUCCUCUACUGCGUGGCACUUGAGCAGGGGAAGGCAAGGCUUGUCGAGGGGAGCAUCAUCGGUAGCAUCUUUACAGGCGUGCUCUUCCUGCCGGGGCUCUCCAUGUGCUUUGGUGCCAUUAAGCGGAAGACUCAGCGAUUCAACUCCAAGUCCGCCGUCGUUACCUCGACGAUGCUGCUCUUCGCCGUCAUCGGCGCCUUUGGGCCGACUCUCUUCUACCAAAUCUACGGCACCCAUGAGCUCAACUGUCGCGACUGCCUCGACCUGGAGAUCCCUGCGCAUGGGGGGAUUCGCGAUUGCCGCCGGUGCUAUUUCUCCCAGUCUCCGGCCCUCAAUGACCGUUUCUAUCUCGAAGCCGUCCGCCCGUACUGCUAUAUGGCUGCCAGCAUGCUCUUCCUGUCCUACAUUAUCGGGCUGUGGUUCACACUGCGCACCCACGCGGCCGUCAUCUGGAGCACGGACGCCGAUGAGAAGAAAUACGAGGAGCAUAUCAUCACCUCACACGCGACUCCCCGCACCGCCGGUCCUCACCCGACGGCGGAUGCCAGUGGCGCUGACAUCAGGGAUUCGCACCUUUACAAGCGUAUCUUGGGACAGUCCUUGCGCCAGGUUGGGUUGCAGUCGCGGCCCGAGGAGCAGACCCACCACAAACAUGGACUUGCACAUGCGUCUUCUAGGUCUGGGUCUGCGCCUGUCAAGGCCUCCCUCACUCCCCACGUUGUCCCUCCCAAGUCUCCGAGCUUCCCGCACGACGGCGACCGUGCCACGGUUCACAUACCCGGCUUCUCAGAGGCCGAGAACAACAAUCUUGUGCAUCGGGUGGCCGAGAUUGCAGCGACCGCAGCCACGGUGGCCGCUCGCGACGCGAGGAAUCCGAGGCGCGUGUCCAUCCAGCAAGCUGGAGCGAGCAGCUCCACGUCCCAGGCAAACAGAUCUACGGCCCCGGUGCGGGCUCAAGCUCUCCCUAUCCACGAAGAAGUUCCCGACCACCCCGCCACUGCACACGAGGCCGGGCACGCCGGCGGCGGACAUGAUGCGCCGAAUUGGAGUCGGUUGAAGAGUUCGGUCAUUUUGAUGAGCGCUACAAUACUAUACGCCAUAAUUGCCGAGAUCCUAGUCGACACUGUAGAUGUGGUUCUCGAAGGGUUUGCCAUCGAUGAGAAAUUCUUGGGUAUCACGCUGUUCGCCCUGGUUCCGAACACGACCGAGUUUCUGAACGCCAUCUCGUUCGCCAUGAACGGCAACAUCGCGCUAUCCAUGGAAAUCGGUUCGGCCUACGCGUUGCAGGUGUGCCUCCUGCAGAUACCCGCGCUGGUCCUCUUCUCGGCCCUCUAUACCAUCCAGCCGCUGAACCCCAACGACGACAUGUCGCGCUACAUCUUCACGCUCCUGUUCCCGCAGUGGGACAUGGUGACGGUCAUCCUGUGCGUCUUCCUGCUGUCGCACAUGUACGGCGAGGGCAAGAGCAACUACUUCAAGGGCAGCAUCCUCCUGCUCAGCUACCUCGUCGUCAUCACGGGCUACUACUUCAGCAGCUUCGGGGCGGAUAUGGACGGCGGCACGAGUCCCGUCAGCCGGUUCGACACCCUCGGCAGUGACGGGCAGUGGAUGAGCUACGGGUUCAAGACGGUGGGGAGGGGCACCGGUGGUGUGGCGUUCUAGAAGGGGGGGGCGAGAGCAUACUGCGGUGAUGAUGGAGGUGUGGGCCACUGUUGGGUUUCCUUUCUGCUUGGGACUCGACCCUCGAUCACCAAACUGGACAAGAAGCAUGGGGUGACGUGUUUUAGACCGGUCGGGUUUAUCUCUCUCUGAAUGACCAAUUCGAUAUACAAGUUGGAGUUCAUGAUGGGCGUUAGCAGUGGGGCCUGGAGGUCAGUUGCGUUGAGCUCCGAAGAUGGCAUAAUGUAAUUAAUCUUUGUUCCACCAAGAUACCAAUUUCAUAUUUUGACCCUAACCUGCAACGCAGUAUAAUUGACCUGUUCUGAAUGUGCCCACAGUAUUAUUCUGUGAGACAAGUAUGGUUUUUAUAAGAGAUACCCAGAUGUUUCUCAAUAUUACCCUCGAGUCCCCA